UGCAUCUACACAGCGGCAAUGGCUACCACUACUACCACCACUACGCAGACUACGGUCAAGAGCCGCAAGACGGUUGCUACCGGCAAGACCAAGCAGGUCGAGUUCCCCGACAUCCAGACGAUUCGCGAUGCCAUCCCCAAGGACUGCUUCGUCCCCUCGACCGCCCGCUCCCUCAGCUACGUCGCCCGCGACCUGAUUCUCGCUUCGGCGCUUGUCUACCUCGCCGUCACCUUCAUCCCGACCAUUGAGAACCCCAUUGCUCGCUACUCGGCCUGGAUGGUCUACGGCUGGGCCCAGGGUCUUGUCUGCACCGGCAUCUGGAUCUUGGCCCAUGAGGCUGGCCACGGCUCCUUUUCCGUCCACCCUCGCCUCAACGACUUUGUUGGCUGGGCUCUGCACUCUAGCCUGGGUGUCCCUUACUUUUCCUGGAAGUUCUCUCACCACCGUCACCACCGCUUCACUAGCCACAUGGAAAAGGACAUGGUCUUUGUCCCUGCCACCAAGCAGGACCGCAAGGCCGGCAUCCACACCCUCUUCCUCGACCCCGAGAUUGUCGAGGACGCCCCCAUCGUCAACCUCAUCCAGCUCAUUGCCCACCAGCUCGCCGGCUGGCAAAUGUACAUGAUGUUCAACAUCUCCUCUGGCAAGGACAGCAAGCAGCGCACCGAAAAGAGCUGGCUCCGACAGUCGCACUUUGAGCCCACCAGCGCCGUCUUCCGCCCCAGCGAAGCUCUCUACAUUGCCCUUGCGGAUCUCGGUCUCUUCCUCGUCGGUUGCGGUCUCUACUAUGCCUCUACCCUUGUUGGCUGGGCCAUGGUUGGCUGGCUCUACUUCGUCCCCUACAUGUGGUGGAACCACUGGUUGAUCGCCAUGUAUGUAUUUCUCAAGUUUCCUCGGCCAAUCGACAAAAUAUUCUGGCCAAUGCAUUUCGUGGCAUCUUGCUAACCCAGAUGCAGCACCUACCUUCACCACACUCACCCCGACGUUCACCACUACGACGCCGAGAACUGGACCUACGUCAAGGGUGCUCUCGCUACCAUUGACCGUGACUUUGGCUUCAUUGACAAGCACAUCUUCCACGGCAUCAUUGGAUUCCACGUUAUUCACCACCUUUUCCCUCGCAUUCCCUUCUACAAGGCUGAGGAAGCCACCGAGGCCAUCCUGCCCGUCAUCGGCGACCUCUACCACCGCGAGCCCUCUUCGUUCCUCGGAUCCCUCUGGAACACCUUCAGCAAGUGCAAGUAUGUUGAGAGCGACCCUGACCACCAUGGUGCCAUGCGCUGGGCCAAGAAAUAAAUGGCGCUCCAACUGUAUUGUGCACCGUUGUCACCCCCGAACCUCCACGAUAAAUCAUACACAAAACCGAGCCGCAACUGCGGCGGCCUGAGUGCCACUUAGACCCGGAAACUCUAAAAGUUAUAGAUGAAUGGAUUUAAUUAAAACACCGCCAUGGCAUGGGAUUAUCGGAUUAUAGACACUGUCGAGCACCACAUAGAAAGAAAAGGAGCGGUUUAGACACGCCCUUUUACGGUACUAGAACAAAUAGACUGUCCUUUUUUUGUUGCAUGACCUCGACUUUUCGAACCUGAGCUCCGAUCUCUCUCUGCUGGCUAUUCAAUACACGCC